AUGAAGAGUGAGGCACUCAUGCACUUCAACCCUCAGCUACCAACCACACUAAUUGUGGAUGCUAGUCCGGUAGGACUAGGGGCAAUGCUAUGCCAAAACCACCAAGGGGUACUCAAACCCAUCAGUUAUGCCUCCCGAACACUGACUCAGGUGGAAAGACGGUAUUGUCAGCUGGAGAGGAAAGCCUUAGCCAUAGUUUGGGCAUGUGAAAAAUUUCAUCUAUAUCUUUACGGGAAAGAAUUCACCAUCAUGACCGAUCAAAAAGCGCUAACGACCAUCUUCAGCCUGAAAGGCAAACCAUCAGCCCGUAUACUCCAGUGGAUCCUACGCAUGCAACAGUACGACUUCACGGUCCAACACAUCAAAGGAAGUGACAAUCCGGCAGACAUACUGUUUAGGCAACCCCUGCCAUUCGAUGCUCAAAUCUCUGAAGAAGAGAAACUGGCAGAGGGAUUCAUCAACUAUGUGGUAGCCAAAGGGUUCCCGAAAGCUAUGACACUAUCUGAAAUUCUCGAAGAAUCAGGGAAGGAUCCGACUAUAAGAGCCCUCGAAGACGCCAUCGCCAAAAAUGAGUGGACGGAUAAACUAGCGGAGCCUUUCAAACACAUACGUGCAGAACUGACAUCAAAACGGGGACUCAUGUUGAGGGGAUCCCGGAUCAUAAUGCCCCAAACACUACAACGACGCACGAUGCAACCCGCACAUGAGACACACCUGGGAAUGGUCAAGACCAAGGCGCUACUCCGAGGCAAGGUAUGGUGGCCAACUAUCAACAAGGACAUGGAGAAGGCAAUCAGACAAUGCAUCCCAUGUGCAAGCCUCGACACAAGAAAACAAGCCAAUCCGGUGAAUAUGUCUGAGAUGAAGGGGCUGUGGGAGGUAAUCCACGUGGACAUACUGUAUGUGGACCUCUCCCUAGUGGUGACUAUGUACUGGGAAUUAUCGAUGCAGGAUCCCGGUGGCCAGAAGCCUUUGUGGUCAAAACUAUCAACACCGAUACCGUUACGACCCUGA